AUGACUCUCUCUGACACUGGGCUGCCAGAAAUCUAUGGAGUCUUCAACAGGACUCGUGUGUCACUGGUCAAAAAGCCCCUGGCUAAGGCGAGAAUAAUAAGAGGAAAGGAGUACCCGAUAGCAUUUGACUUACUGGUUGAAGGGGGUGACUACCAGAAAUCUGUUAAUGAUUUCUUUGAGGAGCUGUCUAAAAGUGGGGUUUUGCUAGACCUUGUAAAUGAUCAUGGACUCGUCAUCAUCCAGAACUUGAAAUCCACUAGCCCCGAGCAUUAUUCGCAAAUUGUCAACCGCUUCUUCCAAACAGCCAAUUACCAAGAAUUCGAUCAAGUGGGGCUGCUGGCAACAAGACAGAAAAUAGACAAUGCAGUCAGCUCGGUUGGAAAUGAUGAUGAGCUGGGCAAGAAUGUUAACAAGCUGCAUGCACAUCAAGAGUUUUCGAGAUAUCUAGAAUACCCACACAUUCUUACCUUUUUCGCCCAACAAGCUUCAGCCCUUGGUGGAGGUGAGUCAACAACAACACACGCUACUGAACUAUUUGAUGUAGUAAGCUCAAAAUAUCCAGAAUUCAUCAAAGAUCUCUACGAAAAAAAUGGUAAUCAUGUUUAUCAAAAGUUCAGCUACAAAGUUUCCACAGACUCAAAAUUCAAAAUCUCGUGGACAGACAAGGGGGCAUUUGGGAGAUACAUUACUGACGAGGAUUUGAGAACCAAGGAUUUGGAGUCCAUGAAAGCCAAGGCAACCAAACUUGCACAUGAGAAGGUGAGUAAAAACGUUGAGUUUGAUGAUAAGCAUGACUUGAUUGUACAUCAGCAAACAAGCAUCGUGAACAUACAUCCUCAUACGGAGCUCCCUGUUAUCUUCAGCAGCUUGCCUACGUACUACUCUGGCUACUAUAAGAACAAACUCAAGGGAGAAGAGGCUACCUUGCCGCCUCUUAGCUACGGAAACGGUGACCCAAUUCCCGAAAAGUAUCUUGAUUAUCUUUUCGAGCAAUCAGUGAAAUUGGAGUACUCGCACCGUUUUGAAGACGGUGAUAUAUUGUUCCUGGAUAAUUUUGCAGUUUAUCAUGGACGGAACCCUUACACUGCUGGAGAUCGCAAAAUAUUGGCCAGUUUUUGGGAACCCAAGACUGACCGCAGAAAACCGUAUAGACCGACUUGCUUCAAUGAAUUUUUCACAUAG